CGUUAUCAACCCUUGCUAUCUUCCAGAGUUUUUCCUUGUGGUUUAUUUUCUGUUUUGCCUCCUGAACUUGUGCUUUUGGAUAACAUGCCUGUACUCUGCCUGCCUGCCUUCUCACUCAUCCAUGCUGUUUGCAGCUGACACCGAUCCUUUAGUGUUCCAGCAUGUGUUUGAUUGAGACUCAUCAUCAAACAGGAACAAAGGCAAAUCAAAUGACACCAAGCUGUUUCUGCUGAUAUGCAAAUCUAGCUCAUUUGUGUAUCAAAGACUUGCCACACUCUGCACAUUUUGUUUAUGGAUAAAUAGUUUGAUGGGCCUGCAGUAACGAAUCAGGUUUACAGUGCAUCCAAAUGGGGAAGAUCACGUUUUUUGAGGAGAAGAAAUUCCAGGGUCGCUGCUACAACUGCAGCAGCGACUGCGCCGACCUGCACACACACUUCAGCCGCUGCAACUCCAUCCGGGUGGAGAGCGGCGUGUGGGUGAUCUAUGAAAGGCCCAGCUACAAAGGUUUCCAGUACAUCCUCAACCCGGGGGAGUACGCUGACAACCAGCAGUGGAUGGCCUUCAGCGACAGCGUCAAAUCCUGCCGUGCCGUGAAGAACAUUUACGGUAGUUCUUGGAAGCUGAGGCUCUAUGAGAGACCAGACUUUGGAGGGCAGGUGGUGGAGUGCUCUGACGACGUCCCUUCGGCGUACGAUGCCUACAAAAUGCGUGAGGCCUACUCCUGUGUGGUAACAGAUGGCGCCUGGGUGUUUUAUGACCUCCCCAACUACAGGGGGCAUCAGUACCUCCUGGAGAGGGGAGAAUACCGCCAGCACAGCGACUGGGGGGCAUCAUCUCCUGGCAUCGGCUCCUUCCGCAGGAUCACAGAGUUUUAAUCCUUGGUCACAAAGCGAUGGCAACCUCUUCUAAAUGCCUACAUAACAAAUAAAUUUAAAGCAAAGCC